AUGUCAAAAAUAAGUGUGUCCAAAGAGGUAUCCACACCGACGGGUUCUACGAUUGCUCGUCAACCCCUUGGGGGAUGUGAAUAUCCCUCCCAAAGGGCUGACUCAGGAGUAAAAAGCAGCCUCUUCUCCCAUCAACCCAUUUGUUCAAAAAGUAGCACAAUCGCUCAGAUACCAGUAUGGAUUUCAACAACUUCUCGUCCGACAUCAAGUGGUUUCAAUGCUAUGUCUCCAAGGGGAAGACGUACACUUUCUCCACCACAACCUCCACCUCUACCUCCUCCUCCUCCGAGUCCACAACUUGUGCCUUUGAAAGCUCGUUUAGCUAGAUCUAAAUCUACUGCCUCAAGGCCUGUAAGUAACCGUCCAGAUUAUGGCCAAAGACUUCGCAAGGCUAGUGAUGGUGGAGCACCAACACGACUCACCAACUCAAGUUCAAUCCGUCCAAGGUCUACCUCAGAAACGCGACCACAGAAAGAAAUUAAAGAAAAAGUUACCGCGCCCAGUACUGGGGAUGUGGAAACAAGUGAGACGAGUCAAAAUGUCCCAACAGUAAAACCGAGUGCUUUCCUUCCCAUUGCUCACCCUACUGAACGCAGUCCUGUUUAUGUUUGCCUUGCCAGUGUUGCAUUUUUAAGUUUAUCAGUAUUAGUUACUAGUAUAUUUUCUACUAUCUUUCUACCAUUUUGCCUAAUAGCUUGCCUUAUACGACGUACUGGUAUAUGGCUUGCUAACGUCUUCCAAUAUACAACUUGCUGCCAGUGUGGAGGAUUUAUUAUUUCCAAGAAUACCCAUCCUGUAAUUGAGACGAUAAUAACGCGUUUGUCAGCUGGUAUAAUUUCUAGUCAAAGAUGCAAUUGUUAUGCUGAUACACAACUAGAUAACCGUUGCAGUGAAUCACUAAGAGCUCUUUCAUCUGCUGAACUUAGAUGGCUUCCAGCUCUUGAGUAUAAGUGUGAGCAUGACUGGGAUGGAAAGAAUAAUGCUACUUUGUAUUAUUCUGGUCAGUCUCCUUUAGUGCUUAUCUGCCUGAGAUUCGGUGCGCCUGGAUUGAAAUUAUCAAGGCUACGUGAUUUGAUCAGCACGCGUUUACUUACACAACCUUCUGAAUGCUCAUCAUUGGCAUCAUCUCCUAGAGGUUCUUGUUUUACAGAUAAGGCAUGUUCAGAUGUCAGUAAAAAACGCCGUGAGAGUUCGUAUAUUCCUCCUUCAGACACCCGAUCACGUUUAACACAGUGUCUUACAUUUUUAUCAACGGGUUAUGCAUGGAGAGAAUGUUUGGCAUUUCAACUAGAAGAACAUGUACUGCGUGUCCCUACCUCCAUCUCAGUGAAGUCAGAAGUCAACUCAGAAAAACACUCAACGCAUGCCUAUGGAACAAAGUUUGAUGAUAAAUAUUCAACACAUACUAAAAUGAUUAAUGUGGAGGUUCUUCUCAACGAAUUGAGCGCUCUACCGCUAAGACUUGAUCGACCACUUUGGAAGGCUCAUCUGAUUGAGCAGUUCUGUGAGAAUGAUGAUACCACAGAAGCAUCUGAUAUUGAAAGUGAUGCAGACUCGGAUGAAUCCAGUGCAUGUCAAACCUCACAAUCUAGUCGUAAACCGCUGAAUAAUGCAGAAAAAAAUGGUUCCACAAAACUGAAUAAAUCAAAAAUCUAUACUAUGAAUAAAUAUAACAAUAAUUCUAAUAAACGAGGUGUUAAUCCAUUUGUCUGUCGUCGUUCUGGUUCAUCGGGUAUUGGAAGUCUGUUAGUUUUCCAGUUUCAUGCAGCUUUGUCUGAUGAUGGUAAAGCAUUGGUUCAUAUGUUAACCAAUUGUCUAGCUGACUUACCAAGUCGUACACAAACACCACAGUAUACCCCGAAUAAACAGACACCAAUUCAUACAGCAUCAUCUACACAUGACUCUUUCGAUGAUAAAACAACCACUAAUCCGUCACCAUCUGAUUACAAAAGAAAGUGGAGAGUAAAUAAAUCUGUCAGUAUGGACUGUGAUAAAAACAAUAACAAUAGUAGCAAUAGCUACUUACAAAAUGCUUCAUCUUCACACAGUAAAGAUGAUUCAAAUUGGCCUAAACUAUGUAUUCCAUCGAACAAUUCUGUUUCACCAGUCAAAUCUAGUCCUUUUUAUUACUCUUGUGAAUCUUCCAAAAGUUUACUAGUGAAAGAACAAAAAUCUCCAUCAAAUAUAUCAAAUAAUUUAGCCCAGAAAAAUCAACUAAUUACUUCUAAUUCUAUUCAACAAAAGCCUAAACUAGAUCAUCAAAAUGAAUCAAUUCCUAGUGUAUCCACAAAUUCCUCAAAUAUAAAUAUCACUUCAUCACUGGAUGAUGAAGAUCCUGAAGAAUCAGAAGCUGCGCAAUGGUGGUAUACAUUUUGGGCCAGUUCAUUAGCUACAAUAGCUACUGUCUGCGAUUUACUAAGAGUAGCAAUUACGGGACCAGCUAUUAUCUUUCAUAAAUAUUUUUUAACUACUGCUGAUAUGGGUUUAAUUACAAAGUGUCAAAAUAAAACAACAAGUUUGAAAUCAACCACAAAAUCCAAUGUCAAUGUUCAAUCAACUAAUAAUAAAAGUAAUAGUAUUGAUCAAGAGAGAAACAUUAUUAUUCACAAAUGUGCCUUAUUAUCACUAGCUAAAUUAAGUCGUCUACGUCAGAUUACUAAAGCAUCGUAUUCUGAAUUAAUUUUAAGCCUGUUAGCUGGUGCACUACGUGCUUAUCAUCAGACUAUGGGAUUCAAACAUCCUCCUGAUUUGUUAGCAUUUUUAUCAACGGAAGUCCCUGUGUUACCUACAUGUGAUUUAGGUGUUUCAGCAAUAUCAAUUUCAAACUGUAAUAACAAUGCAGAUCCACCUUGUACAACUUUUUCACGUGUACUGAAUACAACACAAACAGCAAGAUCAAGUAAUUACGGCUUUCUCAACAUGUCUUAUUGGCGUCAGCAACAGCAGAAACAACAACAACAUGAUGGUAAUACAGUUGAAACUGGUUUAUUAGGGAAUACAAAUCGAAUGGUGGCUUUGGGUUCACCACCAACAACAAUCAGGAGUUUAUGUCCAGGUAGAAAUGUUUUAGCUGAAUUUUGUCUGCCGAUAAAUACAGAAGGUAUGCUACCUAGGCUAUGGGAAACUAAACAAAGAUUGAAUGAAUUGAACACAUCUGUUGAUCCACUGUGUUUGGCUUGGGCUCGUACUGUAUUGUAUACCCUGAUGCCUCAUUCUUUAGCUAAGUGGAUUGAAUCAACCUAUGGUGGACCAGCUAAAGCUAGUGUAACUGUAACUGGAGUAGAAGUAGUUUCUCCAUUUACUACAUCUAGUUCAUCAAAAAAUACAGAUUCCAAUUUUUCAUAUCAAAUGCCUAAAACAAGAAGAUUAGCAUACAUGUCUUUACUAGCUAACAAGUCUUCCGAUGCACGUAUACUACGUCAAAGAUUAAGAAAACGUCUUCCACGUGGGGCAGCAGUUUAUCCACCACGUUUAGGAACAAGUUUUCGCGCAUUAGCUCGUCAUUUAGUCAAUGCCAAUGCUGGAAUUAUUUAUGUAGCUGGUUGUCCUAUUAUUCGUAUUGAUACCUGGAUGCCAUCUCCAAGCCAUACACCAUCAGAGCUAGUUCCCAAUGGUCAGCUGACUACUUUGGACAAUAAAACAGUCAAAUCGCCUGGUGAAACAGUUGUUCAUAUUUGUCGUGAUUUAAGUGUCACAUUCACAACAUAUGCUGGACAGUUAUCUUUGACAUUCUCAGCCAGUUCAAGACAUUGUAUUCAUCCGAAUUUGGAUUUAAUCUUAUCAGGUAUAAAGUCUCAGAAUUUCAUUCAAAGAAUAUCACAUAAAUCAAAACGAACUUUCUUAUUUUCACUCCUGAUCCUAAUCUUGUCCUUUAAAGAAAGUACCUUAUUUUCUGAUAUUUCAUUGAAAUUAUAAUUGAAUUUAUUUAUAAACAUUAUCUGUUAACCAAAAUCAGUGAAUUUUUUAUUUUCAUAAAAUCUAGUCCUUGUUUCACUCUCACAAUCCUACCACCACUGCCACCACCACCAUAGUCACUAGUGUUUUAUGUUGAUAUGUUACUUAAUAACUAAAAUGGGAUUGAUACAUUUUGAACAAAAGUCAAGAGAAAGCAAUAUAUGCAUAUACAUGCAAGAAUACAUGUUGACAGAAAGUGGAAUAUUAUGCCAGUCUAUUGUAUAUAUGCAUAUUAUUAUGAUAAAGUAAUUUGUUUACAUUUACAUUCAGUCAGUUGGUUAUUUCAAAGUUGCUUGCUUGGUAUUAUUUUUUCUCCGUUUCACUUCCUUGAAAAUACAUAUUUUGCAAACAUACUUUGGUAUUUUUUUUGUUCUUUUUUCUCUCAUCUGUAUCAUGUGGUUGUUGUUCAGUGUGUCAUUUUAAUUCUUAACUUCCUUUAUUUCUAUCUCCUCCUCUACGUUUAGCUGUCUUUUCCUCAUGCAUCGCAUUAUUCGUGUCCUAGCUUAGUGUAUAUUUUCAAUGCGAUUCAGCAUAUCUAACAUAUAUUCUUUAAUAUUUUGAAAACGUAGGGUAGGGAAGAAAACGAAGAAACAAGGAAUGGUUGGGUUAACAAUAAAUUUUUGUAAGUGAAGUCCAUGCCAGCAGGAUAACUUGUGAUUAAAUUAGCAAGGAAUUUCACUUCAGGCAAAUUGACUAAGACAACUACUGGCUGAUGUACAGUGAAAUGUUAUUUAUUAUGCUUUUCUUCUUGUCUUACCUUCUCUUUUCUGAAAAAAUCAAAUUUUUUCUCUACAAAUGUAUACUUACAUACUGAUUUUUAAGCGUUUGCAGUAGAGAUUAAUUUAUAAUAAAUUCCUGUACUUCAAUAUUUUACAAAGCGAUUUAAUUACCAAGCAGUACAACAGCAUAAGUAUGUAGCAAAUUUUCGCAAUGACAAAAGAAUAUUUCAAAGAUGUAUCAUCAGAAUUGUUAAUUUUAGAUUAAAAAAAUGUUGACUAACAUUUUGCACAAAACCGAUGAUUCGUAUGAAAAUGAAGGAAAAACCACCGCUACUGGCUUCAUCAACGUGAAUCUCUCAGUUUAGCUGCUCAUGUGGAGCUAGAUAUGUUAGCUGUGCUCAGCCUUUGCUAUCCAAACGCAUCAUCGAGCACUUACCUUCAUGAUUUUAUACAUAAUAAAAAAGAUCACCCUGCAGCUCUAUCCAAGAACAAAUGAUCUAAUCUGGACACCAGUCUAAUCCAUAAAUCACCUUUGAAGUCAUCGACAGAAUAAGAGGGAAUCCUGCUAAAAGAGUACGAAUAAAGCUUCUACAAACCUCAGAAGCUACAGUAAUUCACAUAUUCAUUGUUGAAUUCCGAAUACAGAAGUUUGUUCAGUCAAUAAAUUUAUAAUAGACUUAAUCUAGACAUUUGUAAAAAAUUAUAUUUGUAAUCUAUCUUAACACCAGCACUCGAUUUUUGUUUUCCAAUAGUAUUAUUCUCUUCCCUCACCCCUAUUAAAGUCCUAUUUCCUAUUGCAGCUGU